AUGAAGCGGCACCAUCGGGACAGAGAUGGGGAGUUCUUUGGGAAAGCAAUCCAAGCUCUAUCAAGAAUUAGUGACGAGCUGUGGCUAGACCCAUCUGAAAAAGGUCUUGCUUUAAGGUCUGUGAAUUCUUGUCGCUCAGCAUACGGAUGUGUCCUCUUCUCUCCUGUGUUUUUCCAACAUUAUCAAUGGUCAGCCUCAGUAGAUAUGAAUAAUGGCACAAAAUCAAAUUUAAAUUGCAAAUUGGGAAUUAAGUCAAUUCUGCCCAUCUUUAGAUGUCUGAAUUCCCUCGAAAGAAAUGUAGAGAUGUGCAAAAUAUUCACCAGAUCUGAUAAGUGCAAAGUAGUCAUUCAAUUAUUCUGCAGACAUGGUAUUAAAAAGACUCACAAUGUAUGUUUUCAAGAAAGUCAGCCUUUGCAAGUUAUUUUUGAAAAGGAUACGUGUAGUAAUACACUAGUGAUUCAGCCAAGAGUGCUUGCUGAGGCAAUUGUUCUUUUCACAUCAAGUCAAGAGGAAGUUACUCUUGCAGUUACUCCACUGGAAGUUUGCAUUAAGAGUUCUACUGAGGAAUCAAUGGAUUUGAACAGUUCUGUAUACAGUGAAAUGUUUGUGGGUCCACAUGAGUUUGAGUUCUUUCAAAUUGGAGUUGACACUGAAAUAACAUUUUGCUGCAAAGAAUUGAAGGGAAUGCUGAUAUUUUCGGAAGCUACACAUGCUCCUAUAACCAUGCAUUUUGAUUUUCCUGGGAAACCUAUGGCUUUAAGUAUUGACCAUAUGUUAUUGGAAGCUAACUUUGUUUUGGCUACAUUAGCUGAUGAGCCAAGUAGAGCAUCUUCUCCGCAAUCAUUGUGUCUGUCACAAAAACGAAAAAGGUCAGAUCUGCCAUGUUCAAAUUCAAAGGUUGGUAAAAAAGAUAGCAAGGCCAUGGAGUCUAUCUCAAGAAAAGUAGCACCCAGAAAGCUUUAUGCUGAUGAGAUUCUCUCAAACAUCUCUGCCCUGGAAAACUCUGGCAGUCCUAUAAUGAAAAGAGUGAAUAGUGACACAGAGGAAGAGCCAGAGUCUCCAUCUCUCAGGAAGUUUUCUUGCAUGUUCUUUGGGGCAGUUUCUUCUGACUAGCGAGAACACUGCGACAACCCUUUCAAUAGUCUGGCAACAGCAAGUGACAGUGACGAGGACAUGAAUAAUGGCAGUUUUUACAUAUUCUAA